AUGGAAUUUGUUUCAGGUUUAUACGAUGUUACGCGAGCGGAUGAUUGGGCGUAUUCGGGUGAUCAUGGCCCGACGCAUUGGCCAGGAUUAUGCGCAAUAGGGAAGAAACAGUCACCAGUAAAUAUAAUUUCCGAAGAUACCAUAAAAACUGAUCUCGGUGCCCUAAAAUUCAUAAGAUAUGAUUUCGCGUUCUCUGGAACGGUCACUAACAAUGGCCACUCGGUACAAAUACAAUUGGACGGUGUACCUAUCCACUUGGAAGGAGGAGAUUUACCAUCCACAUAUAUAUUGGAACAACUACAUUUUCACUGGCCAGCUGAGCACACCGUAGAUGGUACUCGUGCUGUACUGGAACUGCAUUUCGUUCACUACGACAACCAAUACGAGAAUGUAACUGUAGCGUCACAGCACGAGAAUGGUAUUGCUGUUGUUGCCACGUUAUUUAAGCUGCAUCACGUAGAUAAUAUGGAUCUAAUGCCUAUUGUGAAAGCAACGGAAUUAGUGUCAAAAUGGGUUGGAAAGAGUACAGCAAUGAUGAGGUCAAAGCUGAUUCCCUUUCUACUCUUGCCAAAGGAUCAUACAACGUAUUAUCGUUACGAUGGAUCAUUGACUACUCCACAAUGUCGAGAGUCCGUAAUGUGGAUGAUUCUCACUGAAAAACUUACGAUAUCAGAGCAACAGUUAAAUAUUUUCAAACAUAUUGGGACAAGCAACGGCAUCUUGGAUAUGAAUUACAGACCAACUCAGAUACUCGGGGAGAGAAAAGUUUAUCACCACCUGGAAGGAUAUUCCUCCGUUACAUGUCCUUCUUCCAAUUUAUUUCUCACAUUGUUUAGUUUUCUGUUUAUUAAAGUAUUAUUCUCGUAAUAAACCUUAUCCACGUAUUAAAUUCCUUUACAUUUUUGUA